GCUCCUCCCCCUGCUCCACCUCCUCCACCUCCUCCCCCGGGGGGAAAAUUAGUAGCAGCUCCACCACCUCCACCUCCACCAGGUAUUAAUUCAUCAUCGACAGUAAUUUCCUCUGGUUUGGCAACUUUAAGACGUCCAAAGAAGAUACCCAAGACAGCUGCACCAUUGAAAGCUUUCAACUGGGAGAAGAUGGGAGAAGCUCAGAUAGGUGAAGACACUAUAUGGGCUGACAUUGAUGAAUCUGAUGUUUAUAAAGAAAUUAAUGUUGACGACCUUGAGAAGACUUUUAAACAAAUGCCCAGGGAAAGACUGGGGUCCCUGUCUGCUGGUCGUGUUGAUAAAUUGAGAGAGAAGACGUUCAUUAAUAACAAGAGAGCUCAGAAUUGUUCGAUAUUGCUGACUCGUCUUAAAAUGUCCGACACUGAGAUAAGACACACAGUACUGACAAUGGACCCGACCAAUAAACUGGACAAGGACAUGGUAGAACAGGUAACUUAUGAUGUAUCAAUAAUGAACAUAAUCUAACUGUAACUCUAAUAA